GUUAAUAAACAAAAGUAAAAUAUGUCACUCCCUACAAUUCCUUUGAAUAAAAAACAUAAAAAUAAAAACGUGGCUAAAUUUAAAAUAAAAUAAAUAAGCCUAAUACAUACAUGCAAUUUCGUAGAACUCAAUAAGUCUCAUUUCCAAUAGUAGUUAAAUAAACACUGUAAUUCACUCUAUAUAAAUCACACAUCAAACACUGCAAUUGCAUUCACCAAAAUUUGGAGCCAAAAUCACAAAGAUUAAAAUUUUCCCCAAAUCUCAAUCUUCAACAUUUCCAUGAUGAACACAGAAACAAUGGAAGCUGAAAUUGCAUCCGAAUUCGUUUCAGCUUGGCUCCAAUCCGUACAGGACUAUCUCCUCAGCGACGCCGAUUUCCCGAUCCGCGACGCAGCAGCGCUCUCCGACGACGACGACGGGGUUUCAUCGCAGAUGAUCAAGGAGCUGAUGUGCGGCGGCGACGACGACGGUGCGUCGGCGGCGGCGGAUUGGAAGCGGUACAGAGGCGUGAGGCGGCGGCCGUGGGGGAAGUUCGCGGCGGAGAUAAGGAAUCCGGAGAAGAAGGGGUCGAGGUUGUGGCUAGGGACGUACGAGACGCCGGAGGAGGCCGGCUUGGCUUACGACAGAGCCGCGUUCAAGCUGCAUGGGUCUCGGGCUCGGGUCAACUUCCCUCACCUCAUCGGCUCGGGUGCUUCCGAACCGAACAGGGUGGGUAAGCGACGUCGUAUUUGUAUAGAUGAUCGGCGUCUUCGUUAGAUGUAAUUAUUUCAUUUAGUUUUUGAUAAAUGUAAUUUGCGGAAUAUAAACUGUAAUUUUUAGAGCAUAAAAUAUAAAGUGUUGAAUGCUUUCAAUUAGGAGAUCGGAA